UAUAUCACUGGGGGCUUAAAUCCCAGCAUUCCAUCAGCUGGGAACUACUAUCACUGCUACACCCCGUGGUAUUCCACUACUAAAUAUUAAAAUCUGAUUUUGCUGUCAGUCUUAAUAUACUUUGGAUUAUUUCGGGAUUCCUAUAUUAGGAGUCUGAGCACACUGAGUAGGUCGCAUUUCGCUGUUUAAGGCUGUGAUCUAGUGGUGGAGGAUGUUAAACGUGGAGUCACUGGAUCGGGUGGAUCUGUGCGAAAGUCUGUUGACGUGGAUACAGACAUUUCAUGUGGAUGCACCAUGUAAAACAGUGGAAGACCUGACUAGCGGGGUCGCUAUGGCGAUAGUUCUACAAAAAAUAGAUCCUACAUACUUUCAUGAAAACUGGUUAAAUAGGAUUAAAACCGAUGUAGGAGACAACUGGCGACUAAAGAUUAGUAACCUGAAGAAAAUAUUAAAAGGUAUAUUGGACUACAAUCAUGAGAUUUUGGGGCAUCAAAUCAAUGAUUUUACACUUCCAGAUGUUAACUUGAUUGGGGAGCAUUCUGAUGCAUCAGAACUUGGUCGGAUGCUACAGCUUAUAUUGGGAUGUGCUGUGAAAUGUGAACAAAAGCAAGAGUAUAUCCAAACAAUCAUGAUGAUGGAAGAGGCUGUACAGCACAUGGUCAUGACUGCGAUUCAAGAGCUAAUGAGUAAAGAAACGCCUGUCUCUAUGAAAACAGAUGCUUAUGCUGAACUUGACAGCCAGCUAAAAAAGACAAUAGAAGAAUUAAACGAUGCGCUGGCUGCUAAAGAAGAAAUUGCACAAAGAUGUCAUGAGUUAGAUAUGCAGGUUACUGGGCUCCAAGAAGAAAAGAGCAGUUUGCUGGCAGAGAAUCAGAUUCUCAUGGAACGCAUGAAUCAGUCGGAUUCCUUAGAAGAUCCAAAUAGUCCAGCGGGACGGCGGCAUCUACAGCUUCAGACCCAACUUGAACAGCUGCAAGAAGAAACCUUUAGGCUUGAAGCAUCUAAAGAUGAUUAUAGAAUACGAUGUGAAGAGUUGGAGAAGGAACUUGCAGAAUUACGACAGCAAAAUGAAGAUUUAACUACGCUCGCCGAUGAAGCCCAGUCACUAAAAGAUGAAAUGGAUGUCCUAAGGCAUUCUUCUGAUAAAGUUGCCAAAUUAGAGAGUCAAGUUGAAUCAUAUAAGAAAAAGCUGGAAGAUCUUGGAGAUUUACGAAGACAAGUUAAACUUUUAGAAGAGAAGAACACUAUGUACAUGCAAAAUACAGUCACUCUGGAAGAAGAACUUCGAAAAGCCAAUGCAGCUCGCAGUCAGUUGGAGACCUAUAAGCGACAGGUGGUUGAAUUGCAGAACAGACUCUCAGAGGAAUCUAAAAAAGCUGACAAAUUAGAAUUUGAAUACAAAAGAUUGAAGGAGAAGAUUGAUAGCUUACAAAAAGAAAAGGAUAGAUUAAGGUCAGAGAGAGAUUCUCUUAAAGAGACUAUUGAGGAACUAAGAUGUGUACAAGCGCAGGAAGGACAGCUCACAACAGCAGGUUUGAUGCCACUAGGAAACCAGGAACCUUCAGAAUGUUUAGCUGCAGAAUAAUCAACCCCUGAAAUAAAAGAAAAACUUAUUCGUCUUCAACAUGAAAAUAAAAUGUUAAAAAUUAAUCAAGAAGGCUCAGAUAAUGAAAAAAUAUCCCUUUUACAAAGCCUUCUUGAUGAUGCAAACAUGAGGAAAAACGAGCUGGAAACAGAAAACAGACUAGUAAAUCAAAGGCUCAUAGAGGUGCAGGCCCAAGCAGAGGAACUUCAGAAAUCUAUACAAGAACAAGGUGCAAAAGCUGAAAGAUGUAAGUGAUGCAGUUCACUCCUUUUGAAAAAGAAGCUUGAAGAACACUUAGAGAAACUUCAUGAAGCCAAUAACGAACUCCAAAAGAAACGAGCAAUUAUUGAAGAUUUGGAGCCACGAUACAACAAUAGUUCGUUAAAAAUAGAAGAAUUACAAGAAGCUAUACGAAAGAAAGAAGACGAAAUGAAGCAAAUGGAAGACAGAUAUAAAAAGUAUCUAGAAAAGGCAAAAAGUGUUAUUCGCACGUUAGACCCAAAACAAAACCAAGGCUCGGGUCCGGAGUUACAAGCAUUAAAAAAUCAACUUCAAGAAAGGGAUAAAAUGUUCCAUUCCCUAGAGAAAGAAUUUGAGAAAACGAAGACGCAAAGAGAUCAAGAAGAAAAGUUGAUUGUUAGUGCUUGGUACAAUAUGGGAAUGGCCUUACACAAAAAAGCAGCGGAAGACAGGCUUGCAAGUACAGGCUCAGGGCAGUCGUUUCUGGCGAGGCAAAGACAAGCAACAAGUUCACGGCGCUCUUAUCCUGGCCACGUCCAACCAGCCACAGCGAGGUAGAAGAGCCUUAAACUGGGGAAAGCGCAUCACAUCGUGUUGCACAUGACAGCAUUUCAGGAAUUGUAACCAAUGUGCUUUUUCCUUCUUCCUUCUCUUUUUAAUACUGUUUGUCAUAUACAGAUAUCUUUUUUACACCAUCAAUGUCCAUUUUAAAUUCCUUUUUUUUUUUUUUUUUUUUAACGUGCCAAGAAGAUUCUAUGCAUCCACAUAAAGAAUUGUAUUUUUAUGUUUAUGAAGCACUGAAUGUGUCCUUCAAAAAAAGAAACAAAAAAACUCUUUUAAACUAAACUUUCUUAUUGCGGCUAGAAAAUGUUUUCAGUUGAAUAUUUUCAUUUAUUUUUCAUUUUUGAAUAUUUGCUAUUGAGGAAAGAUGAUAAUUAAUGCUCAAUAGACACAUUAACAUCAUGACUAGUUCUUAUGUAAAUAUUCAAGCAUGUGGUCACUUUUUAGUUUUUUUAAUGUUGUUGUAUUGUAUGUGCAGAAUGUUAGUAUGGACAGUGAUCAGGAAUAUAAAUUCUAACCACAUUAACCAUACAGAAUAGGUGAUGAUGAAAUAUUGGACUUAAUCCUGCACACAACCUAGUAGAUCAUACUAUAUAUCAGCUCAAAAGCUGUGGAGCAGAAGUUUUAAAGAGACACUGUAAUAUAAAAUGAGACUAAUACUUUUUAAAAUAUAUCAUAGCUUUUUCUCACUUAAAAUAUUUUUCUCUUUGCUUAGUAAUGAAUUUAAAGGGACAGUCUACACCAAAAUUGUUAUGGCUUAAAAAGAUAUAGAACGCCUUUACUACCCAUUGCCCAGCUUUGCACAAUCAACAUUGUUAUAUUAAUAUACUUUGACAUAUAAACCUCUAAAUUUCUGCCUGUUUGUAAGUCACUACUGACCGCUUCUUAUCACAUGCUUUUUUAUUAGCUUUUCACAGGAGACUGCUAGUUUGUGUGGGCCAAAUAGAUAACAUUGUGCUCUCUCCCGUGGGUUGUGCAUGACACAUCAUUAAUUGGCUAAAAGGCAAACGAAUAGAUAAUAAAUAAAUAGCCAUGUGAUAAAAGGAGCUGUCAGAAGAGGCUUGGAUACAAGGUAAGCACAGAGGUAAAAAGUAUAUUACUAUAACCAUGUUGGUUAUGCAAAGUUAGGGAAUGAGUAAUAAAGGGAUUAUCUAUAUUUUUAAACAAUAACAAUUUUGAAGUAGAUUGUCCCUUUAAACUCUUGGCUACAACAUUAAUGUGUAGCCCUCCUGGCAGGCAAGUUCUUACUUUGUGAAUAAAUAUAUGGCACUGAAUGUCAUAUAUUGGGAGAUUUCAGCAACUUCCAAGGGGUUCUAAACCCUAGUUAGGAUUACAUUUUUUUUUCAUAUAUAUAGAAAUAGUCAGUACUCACACAUUUUGUACACAAGUUGUUAGCUUUGAUGUAUGAAUUUGGGUUUGCUGUACCUAGUUUUACAUUGUUAUAUGUCAGAGUCCCUUUAACUUUGUCUGCAAAGUCAGCUUUUUAAGGAAGUAUACAGUCAAAUUAUAUUUUAAAAAUUAGAAGCUCACUGUUGGAAAAAUCAGACAACCUCAAUAUGACUAUAGGGCUUGAGCUCGCUAUUCACAUCUGUUUAAACAAAAUUUAUGGAAAUGUACAAAUAUUUACAUAUUUUACCAUUCUAGUUACAAACGUUAAAGGAAUAUGAAACCCAUUUUUUUUUUCUUUCAUGAUUCAGAUAGAGCAUACAAUUUUAAUUGUAAAUUUUUAAAUAACUUUGCAAUUUAUUUUAUUUCUGUUAUCUAAUUUGUUUCACUUUGUGUAUCCUUUGUUGAAAAGUAUACCUAAUCUCAAAAGCUGCUGAUCGUUGGCUGCACAUAUAUGCAUCUUGUCAUUGUUUUUCAGCUAGCUCCCAGUAGUGCUUUUACCACUCUUUCAACAAAGCAUACAGAUUAAAUUAAGCAAAUUAGAUAAUAAAAGUAAAUUGGAAAGCUGUGUAAAAUUGUAUAGUCUAUCUGAAUCAUGAAAGAAACAUUUUGGGAUGCCCCUUUAACCUCAUAUGAAUGAUUCAGUAGCACUUUAAAAUGUUUUAUUUGAAUGUAUAAAUUUGCUAAUUCGUUUUUGUUCAGUGUUUUAGAUUCCCUAGUGCAGGUGUGAAGAAAACUAUCUUUAAAACUGUCUGUCUGACUUGUCGAACCUAUAUUAUUGUAUCUUGUAUAUAAAGAUGUGGAUAGCUCCAUUUUUUCUGCAAAGUGAGAAGACUGUUUGAACAGUCUUGGAAGCUUGUUCACAACUACAGUACGUCUUAAAAUUAUUUAAAAAAGCAUUUUAAUGGAUCGCUAGUUUUACAGGAGAGCAGCAAACAUUUACUAAACAUACAUUUUUUUAUGUGUAGGUAAACCACUUACAAAGUUAAAUGAAUGAACAUACAUUUUCAUAUAAUUGUAUUUUUUUAGAGCGUUAUAUUGUCACUAGCUUCAACAAAAUUUACAACUUUAUAUUUUUUUUUCUGUGACCUCAAAAACAACCUACUUAUAAAGGCUUUUCUUAUUGGUCAGCAUGCAGAAAAAAAUAUUAGGUUUAAUGUUCCAAUAGAUGUUAUGGCUAUUGGCAAUAACCAGUUGAUUUAGGUUGUUUUUAUUUAUUUUUUAGGACCAAUGUUUGCAUCUUUAUAUUGAAAGGUUGUAAAGUUUGUUCAUCUUCAUUGGAUUAUACAUUUUUCUACAAUUUGUAAAUAUGAUGUCUACAGGAAAAAAUAUAAAUUUAAAGGGACAUGGUA